UUUCCUCGGGAAUGCAGCAAUUUGUUGAUGGCAGAGAAAUCCUUCAUGUGUUACUGGGCAGAGCCACCCCUUUUGGUGUGACCUACGGAGAAGUUAUGGAAGAACGGAAGGUGGAGGGAUGUGAUGGACGGGAGGAGGGAUGGCUGGAAGGAGCUGGGAAUCGGGCUAGAGAGGUCUGACAGCCCAGGGGAGAGGCUGCCGCUGGCAGGACUGUGGCUAAGUGAGAAAUUAGGGAAGUAAAGGAGCGUUAAAUCCCAGUGCUCUGGGAAGGGGGAGCAAAUACCAUGUUAAUGGAUCAAGUUAUGGUGAAUAAAGAAGAAAGGAAGCUGUAAGCUCAAGAAGGCUUUUUUUCUUAUAAGGAGGAGAACACUCUUCAUCCUUUAGUUCACUUGUAUCCAGAGUGAAUGACUUUAUAGCUACAGGAGUUUAAGCUUAUUGGAGGAAAACGCCUUUUGUUUGCCUUUUUUUUUUCACAACUAUUUUGCUGGGGAAAGGAUUUGCAAAUGAGAGUUGGAGCAAAGAAAAUCUGCGGAGAGCAAGUUUAACCAUUUCUGAGCAUAGGAGCUGGUGGCCAGUGGGCAGAACUGGUUUGAAUCUGUCCAGGAGAGCAGCACCGUUUGUCCAGAUGCAGCAGUCGGGAUGUGGGAACAAAACAGUGGGACUGUGAGUGCUGUGCAUGUUCCCAUGGAUGGGAAACCAACACUUGGCUUUGUGGGAUGUCAAUUGUCUGUCACUGCUCUGCUUUCAAGGGUGUUUGAGAUGUAAAGACAUCCUUGUGAGAUCUUUGCUGCUUGGUGUGUUGCUGGAGUUGGGUGCCUGGGAGCUCUGGCUCGGACUAUAAAUAGAACAAUGGAUGGAGCAAUUUGGCAGGUAUAAAAUGCGGAAUUAAGGAGCGUUGUGACAAACACACACACCUGGGUGAGCUCGGGAGCUGACGCUGUGUGAGGGGCCGGGCAGAGCAUCCCAUCUGCUCCCUGCCACCGGAGUCACGGAGCUGCUGCUCCACAUCCCGCAGAGAGCUGCCCUGGAGUGGAAUUUAAAGCUUUGCUUGCCUUGGAUUGGUUUGGACUUGGAUUGGUUUUCACCUGCUGACUUUAAAGUCCCACUUCAUCGGUGACCUUUUUUUUUUUGCACUUUUUCAAUUUUUGCUGCGGUCACCGCAGAGAAGCUUGUGGAAGGAAGGGAUGGCGUGGCACGACAAAGGUGGCAUUCCAGAGGCUGUUCUGAGAGGACCCCGCUACCGAAAUGGAUUUACCCCCACGCUGGGUUACAGCAGGAGCUCUGUGCGGGGCCGGCGACGGCGCUGCCUGGCCCUGCUGCGGCGCAUGACCCGCAUCUGCAGAGUAUGCUGCUUGGAGAUGACAACCAAAAGGAAGAUCAUUGGCCGCCUGGUGCCGUGCCGGUGUUUCCGAGGGGAGGAAGAGAUCGUGUCCGUGUUGGAUUACUCUCACUGUGGCCUGCAGCAGGUGCCAAAGGAGGUUUUUAAUUUUGAGAGGACCUUGGAGGAGCUUUACCUUGAUGCCAACCAGAUUGAAGAGCUACCCAAGCAACUGUUCAACUGUCAGGCUUUACGGAAGCUGAGCAUCCCUGACAACGACCUGUCCAGCCUCCCCACCACCAUCGCCAGCCUCGUGAACCUCAGAGAGCUUGAUAUCAGUAAAAACGGAAUUCAAGAUUUUCCAGAAAAUAUCAAGUGUUGUAAAUGUUUAACGAUUAUCGAAGCCAGUGUGAACCCCGUGUCCAAGCUGCCAGAUGGCUUCACACAACUUCUAAAUCUGACCCAGCUCUAUCUAAAUGAUGCCUUUUUGGAGUUUCUUCCAGCUAACUUUGGAAGACUUGUCAAAUUGCGAAUUUUGGAGUUAAGAGAAAACCACUUGAAAACUCUACCAAAGUCAAUGCACAAACUGACUCAGCUGGAGAGACUUGAUCUGGGCAAUAAUGAAUUCUCUGAACUGCCUGAGGUUCUCGAACAAAUUCAGAAUCUAAAGGAACUGUGGAUGGACAAUAAUUCUUUGCAAGUGCUUCCUGGGUCUAUAGGGAAGUUAAAACAGCUCGUGUACCUGGAUGUGUCCAAAAACAGGAUAGAAACUGUGGAUUUGGACAUCUCGGGAUGUGAAGGGCUUGAGGAUCUCCUGUUGUCAUCCAACAUGCUGCAGCAGCUGCCCGAUUCCAUUGGGCUGUUGAAGAGGCUGACAACUCUGAAAGUAGAUGACAACCAGCUCACAAUUCUGCCCAAUGCCAUUGGAAAUUUGUCUUUGUUAGAAGAAUUUGACUGCAGCUGUAAUGAAUUGGAGUCCCUGCCCUCCACCAUCGGGUACCUCCACAACCUGAGGACCUUGGCUGUGGAUGAGAAUUUCCUCCCGGAGCUACCCAGAGAAAUUGGAAGCUGUAAAAAUGUUACGGUGAUGUCUCUGCGCUCCAACAAGCUGGAAUUUCUUCCUGAUGAAAUUGGGCAGAUGCAGAAGUUGAGAGUGUUAAACCUGAGCGAUAACAGACUGAAGAAUUUACCCUUCACUUUUACUAAGCUCAAAGAACUUGCAGCUUUGUGGCUUUCUGACAACCAGUCCAAGGCUCUCAUCCCGCUGCAGACGGAGGCACAUCCUGAAACCAAGCAGCGAGUGCUGACCAACUACAUGUUCCCCCAGCAGCCCCGCAGUGAUGAAGAUUUCCAGUCGGACAGUGACAGUUUUAACCCCACUCUGUGGGAGGAGCAGAGGCAGCAGCGCAUGACUGUGGCAUUUGAGUUUGAAGACAAAAAGGAAGAGGAGGAAAACCCAGGGAAAGUUAAAGUUGAGAUAAAUCUAAAACGUUACCCCACUCCCUACCCGGAGGAUUUAAAGAAUAUGGUCAAAUCAGUCCAAAACCUGGUGGGCAAACCCAGCCAUGGAGUGCGGCCCGAGAACUCUGCACCCGCUGCCAACAGUGACCAAGGGGUGAAAGACAAGUAUGAGCACAAAUGGCCCAUGACACCCAAGGAGAUUUCAGUGGAGGUUCAAGAUAAAGAAAAUAAAGAAUUCCCAAAGAAUCCCCUGUCUGAGACAGAGAACACUCAGGAAUCACCUCUGGAAGCCUCAGACAGGGAGGAGAAAGCCGAGGGCACCAAGAGUUCAGAGGAUGCCUUUGGACAUCCUGCCAGUGAGAUGAGGAUAGGGGAGCUCCGUCCUUCCAUGCCUGAGACUCCGUUGUACCCCCCCAAACUCGUUCUGCUGGGUAAAGACAAGAAAGAGUCGACAGAUGAGUCUGAAGCAGAUAAGAUCCAUUGUCUGAAUAACAGCGUUUCCUCAGGCACUUACUCAGACUAUUCCCCUUCCCAGGCUUCCUCAGGGUCCUCCAAUGCGCACGUUAAAAUGGGCUCCUUGCAGACAACGGCUAAAGAAGCAGUGAAUAACUCUCUGUGGGGGAACAGGCUGGCACAGUCGUUCCCGCAGCCCCUGGAGACCAAGCCAUUGCUGAGCCAGCGGGAAUCGGCUCCAGCCGGGAACCUGCCAGCGCGGCCGGAACGGCGCCCGCUGAGCGACACGUUCACCGAGGGCUGGACUGACAGUUCCCACUACGACAACACAGGGUUUGUGGCCGAGGAAAGCGCGGUGGAGAACCCCAGCGCCAACCCCCUGCUCACCACCAAAUCGAGGAGCUCAUCUGCACACGGGCGCAGGCCACUGAUCCGACAGGACAGGAUAGUUGGCAUCCCUCUGGAGCUGGAGCAGCCGACGCUCAGAAACACACACGAAUCUGAAGUGCCUCCUCCCAAUCCUUGGCAAAAUUGGACCAGAACCCCUAGUCCCUUUGAAGACAGGACAGCUUUUCCUUCCAAACUGGAAAGCACUCCCACCACCAGCCCUUUGCCCGAGCGGAAAGAUCAUGUCAAAGAGUCUCCUGAAAUGACAAGUACUUUCCCCCCAGGAAUAGCAUGGGAAUAUCACGACUCAAACGCUAACAGAAGCCUCACAAACGUCUUUUCCCAUAUUCACUGUCGCCCAGAUCCUUCCAAAAACGUCAUUUCCAUCAGCAAGAGCACAGAGCGGCUUUCCCCAAUGAUGAGGGAUUUAAAAACGAACAAGUUUAAGAAGUCUCAGAGUAUCGAUGAGAUAGACAUUGGUACAUACAAGGUGUACAACAUCCCCCUAGAAAACUAUGCAUCUGGGAAUGAUACUGUAGGGCCUCACGAGAGGGUGGACAAGCUGCUGGGCCCGGAGCAUGGCAUGCUGAGCAUGUCCCGCAGCCAGUCUGUGCCCAUGCUGGACGACGAGCUGCUGACCUAUGGCAGCGUCAAGGUGCAGCCGCAGCAGAAAUCGUCUGUCACCAAGAAAGUCUACCAGUUUGACCAAAGCUUCAACCCCCAGGGUGCUGUGGAGGUCACGGCCGACAAGAGACUCCUGCCGCCCUUCCAGCUCAACCCCGAAUACAUCCCCCAGCCACCCAAAAACCUGCCCCAGGAGCUGGUGAGCCCGCGGGGGUACCGCGGGUAUGCACCCGUGGAGCCCAUGUUCUCCUUCUCGCAGCCCUCGGUGAGCGAGGAGCCUGUGGGGCCCCCCUUUGGCAGCCAGGGCACACGACCAGGCUUCCUGCGCAGGGCGGAUUCACUGGUCAGCUCCACCGAGAUGUCCAUGUUCCGCAGGGUCAGUGAGCCCCAGGAGCUGCCCCCGGGCGACAGGUACGGCCGGGCCCCGUUCCGCGGGGCGGCCGAGCGCCAGAGCGGCAUGGCCGUGCCCGAGGCACAGUUCCUCAAGCGCAACGGGCGCUACGAAGACGAGCUCCCUUCCUACCAGGAGGUGAAAGCCCAGACUGGGAGCUUCCCAGUUAAAAACCUCACGCAAAGGAGGCCCUUGUCCGCACGAAGCUACAGUACAGAGAGCUACGGCACAUCCCAAACCCGGCCCGUCUCAGCGAGGCCGACAAUGGCAGCGCUGCUGGAAAAGAUUCCGUCAGACUAUAACUUGGGUAACUAUGGCGACAAGCCUUCCGAUAACAGUGAUAUAAAGCCAAGGCCUCCCCCUGGGAAGGGAAAUGAGAGCUGUGCUAAAAUGCCCGCUGACUGGAGACAACAGCUACUUAGACAUAUAGAAGCUAGAAGGUUAGACAGGACCGCUGCUUACAAACACCACACAGUUAGCCUUGGCAUGCUGCACUCUGGAGGGGUUUCAGCAAUGCAUGCCGGCCGAAGCAUGACUUUAAACUUGCAGACUAAAUCUAAAUUUGAAAACCAAAUGCUUCAAGAGCUACCUCUACCGAAAACCCCGUCGCAGCAGAGCAGCAUCCUGGACAACGGGCAGGACGAGGUGUCCGUGGGCAGCCAGUGGAACCCGUACCCGCUGGGGCGGCGGGACGUGCCCCCCGACACUGUCACCAAGAAGACAGGUAGCCACAUACAGACCCUCAUGGGAUCCCAGAGCCUGCAGCACCGGAGCCGGGAGCAGCCCUACGAGGGGAGCAUGAACAAGGUCACCAUCCAGCAGUACCAGCCACCCCUGCCCAUCCAGAUCCCGGCAGCCCAGAGCUCCCGAGCCCCCCAGACCGGGCGGUGCCUCAUCCAGACCAAGGGUCAGCGGAGCACCGACGCCUACCAGGAGCAGUUUUGUGUGAGGAUAGAGAAGAAUCCUGGCCUGGGGUUUAGUAUCAGUGGUGGAAUAAGUGGACAAGGAAAUCCAUUCAAACCUUCCGAUAAGGGUAUCUUUGUUACUAGGGUUCAGCCUGACGGCCCCGCGUCCAGCCUGCUCCAGCCCGGGGACAAGAUCCUGCAGGCCAAUGGACACAGCUUUGUACAUAUGGAACAUGAGAAGGCUGUGCUUCUACUGAAGAGUUUCCAGAACACAGUAGACCUUGUUAUUCAACGUGAGCUUACUGUCUAAAUAUUUUUUUAUAAAUAGUAAAUAUGUCUAGCCAGAUCUAAUGUUCAAACAGAUUUAUACAUAGGAAACCAAUUUUUUGCCAAUUGCUGGACCAAUGGCAAACAGUAGUGCCAAAUGUAUAAUACUCUAUGUUAGUACCAAUCAUCGGGAAAAAUAUAUUAACUAUAUAAAUAUAUUGUUCAUGUGGCUCCGUAUUAGUUUUACUUGUCAGCCUCUGGCUGUGCAUUGGUGCGUUUUUUUAAUCAAGUUACUUCUUAAAGUCGAUUUCAUAUGAUUUCAGAACACAGAAGCACAUACAAAUCCUUUAGGAAUUCUGCUGUCCAUCAGAAACACUGCCUCAGAGUUGUAUAUGCCUUUAUAAAGAUGAACUAUAUUAACCUGUACUUCCCAUGAAAUAUUUCUAUCAUGUCACAUACAAAAGUAUAGAGAAAAAAUAUUUUCAUAAACACCUCAAAGAAAGUAUAUAUUAAAUUAAAUUUAAUAAUGUUCAUUUAUUUUCAAUGCAAAGAUAUUCUAUGCCUUAUGAAAAUACCUGUACAUAUGCCGUGUGUAUAGUUGGCUCCGUAGGGAUCAGGAACAAUUCAUAUACAGGGUGAGAGACUUCUGAAAUUGAACUCUGGGACCUCGGUACAAAAACCCACAUGGAAAUGCGUGAACUUCCUUUGGAAUGGGUUAAAACUUCCUUUAGGAUGUGUUAACUUCCUUUGGAAUGGGCCAGGUUGGAUGGACCUUGGAGUGACCUGGUCUAAUGGAAGGUGUCUCUGCCCAUGGCAGGGGAUGGAAUGGGAUGAGCUCUAAGGUCCCUUCCAAGCCAAACCAUUCUAUGAUUCUGACUUCCUUUGGAAUGGGUUAAUCCCUUUGGUUUGGCACUUCCCAUGGAUUCCAUGUGCACACACUACAGGAGAACCCCGAGGACAGGCAGGUUUGGCGCACAGAUGGAGGAAGGUUGUGAUGGUGGCAGUAAAACUUCUUUUGUUGCUGCUAAUUUUAUUAUUUCACUUUUUUAAUUUCCAAUUUGAGGCCCUUUACUCACAUCCCCCAUUCCCAUGGACAUUGUUGUGUAUCUUCACUGGCUCCAGGCUGGGCCGGGCCCUGCUUGGGAUAUUCCCAUCGGGGAGGAUUUAUGUGAUCCUUGAUUUGAUCAGGAGUCCUUUACAGGGAAUGGGAGCAGGUUUGAGAGCUGACACAUCCCAGGGAGCAGCAGGUGACACUGAGUGACACCAAGCCAGCCUGGGAGGAGCAUUCCCAGCUCAGGGCACAGUGUGACAACCUCUCAGGUCCAAGUCCUGGUGCUGCUCCCAACAAAGAGAGUCCUGACAGCUGCUGGUGGUUCAGGGCUCCAGCAUGGUUAUACCUGAUAGCAAGAUGGAAAAACACAGGGGAACCUCCCUUCAGGUAUUUUCAGGGGAUCCCAUUUCCCUGAGAAAGGGCUGAGGGAGAGCUGGCACUGGGCUUGUCUGUGGCCGGGCUCAUUCCUACCCAAAAAUCCCACGUCCAAGGGUGCAGUCACAGCCCACAGACACAGCCAGGAAUAUUCCACUUCGCUGCCUCCAAGAGCCACUAGGAAUUCCUAAACCUUCCCUCCUUGGCUGUGGGACCUUUUGGAGCUUUGCUGGGAGCACAGGGACAGAGCUGAGCCCUGGAGAGCUGAGGGGUCCCCCUACACAGGGGGUCCUGCACAGGGCGAUGGUGGGGGAGGAAAAAGAAAGCAAAAAAGCUGCUUUCAGAACGCUUUUUUAAAAUUUUUUGAGGAAAAAGCCCAGCCCAGACCCCAGGAAGCCUCCAAGACCCCCCUUUUCCCAGUGCCACCUCAAAGUUCGUAUCCAGGUGAUGACAAACUACGGGAGUUAUCAGCCAGGUGUUCCAACAGCAACAAUUUAACAUCUUCAAAUCUUGCUUUUCGAGAUGUUUUAUAACACAUCCAUGUCUGCAUCUGUGUUUGGUGGCAGUGCCAGCCCCUGGGAGGGGACAGGAGAUGCCAACUGGGGUGGCUGUGCCCAGCCAGUGGCUCUGAGCAGGGACCAGGCAGGACAAUACUGGGGGUGAAUGGGGCAGCUGAGAGCAGAGCCAAGGAAAUUCAAGGAAAAUCCAAGAAAAAAGGAGUAUGGAAUGUCCAGGAUGUUGGUUUGCUGCUGUUAGUGAGCACUUGGAGUGUAAAGAUGUUGGUUAAAGGCCCUUCCAGUGCCUAAAGGGACUCCAAGAGAGCUGGAGAGGGACUUUGGACAAGAGCCUGGAGGGACGGGACAAGGGGGAAUCACUUCCCACUGCCAGAGGGCAGAGUUAGAUGGGAUGUUGGGGAGAAAUUCCUGUCUCUGAGGGUGGUGAGGCCCUGGCACAGGUUGCCCAGAGAAGCUGUGGCUGCCCCGUCCCUGGGAGUGUCCAAGGCCAGGUUGGACAGGGCUUGGAGCAACCUGGGAUAGUGGAAGGUGUCCCUGCCCAUGGCAGAGAGUAGGACUGGAUGAGCUUUAAGGUCUCUUCCAACCCAAACCAAUCUGGGAUUCUGUGAAACCUCUCUGCUGUAAUAUAGCAUUAAUUACCUUACGCAAUCAAAAAUGCUUAUUUAUAGAUGUGUAUAUAUCUGAUAGGGAGAUUUGCAACAGGAAAUGCAAACCCUGUAUUAAAUUACAAAGGCACACAUUUGGAUCAGCUGAGACAGGCCACGGUGUCAGACCCACAUCUGUACAGGAUCAGUGGGGAUCAAGGUGGCUAUUCCUGGGAAUUGUCUGUGGCAGGAGAAGGGCCGGAGCCAGGGCUGUGCUGCCCAGUCCAGCUCAGGACACGGGGGGGGUGGUCCAUGUCCCCCCAGCCAGGCAGACCCUGUCCAACAGGAUCAGGGUUGGACAUGGGUCACACACAGGCACAGGAGGUGACAGGGCUGUGGAGUCACCACCCACCUUGGCAGGAUUUGGCCAUAAACACACAAGAACUUCCACCUCAACACGAGGUAGAACUUCUUUUCAUGGAGGGUGGCAGAGCCUGGAAUAGCUGCCCAGGGAGGGCAUCCCAAAUCCUGGACACAUUCCUCUGUCGCCUGCUCCAGAUGACCCUGCCUGGGCAGGGGGUUGGACUGGGUGAUCUCCAGAGGUCCCUUCCAACCCCAGCUAUCCUGUGAUCCUGUGAACUGGUGGGAUUUCACAGUUAGAAAUCCCACAUUGGGGAAAGUGGGAAUUCUCUCUGCAGUCCGAGCUCCCUGCCCAUGGCUGGCAUGGCCCCUCCCUUCUCUCCCUUCCAGACUCCACAUUCCCUUUUGAAGCGCACAAAGCCGUCUGGCCUCAUCCCCUCAUUCCCAGGCACUCAGGCCCUGGGUCAUUCCCUGUGGCCGUGCUGAUACAACUUUCCGGGCAGUAGUUUGAUGGGAUACGGAUCCACUGGGGGUUUGGGUGCUUGGGAACAAGGCUGUUGGCACCGUGGGCCACUCCAGGAGCCUGCAGGGCCACCGCCAACCCAAUCCCAAAAGGCACCGUUUUCAAAUCAUGGAAUUGAAAUUAAAAAAAAAAACCAGAAAAACGUUUUGCCAAUCCCCUUCCUGGAUGAUUCCAGCCGAUUUUGUGGAAGUGACUGAAUGACACCAUUGCAUUGUGUGAGGACCCCCAGCCCUGGCACUCAGGGCCUUUGUCUCUGGGCUGCCUCGGUGGCUCAUGUCCCCCCCUCGUGUCCCCCCCUCGUGUCCCCUCCCCGGGCAGGGCACUCGCUCAUCACUUCGGUUUUCUACCUGUGAGUACUGUAUCCGGUUCAGAACCAACAGCUUCCUUUAUUAAAGAUUUUACCAUUUUAUAAAAGACAUGUUUAAUUAUGAUGGAGAUGGCUGUAUUGUAAUUAAUAUUUUGAGAUAAUUGUGAUUUUGAGCUUAAAUUAUAUACAGAAAUGGUCAUUUUUGUAUGUGUUCAAAGAUUGCUAUAUUCCAGAUGACUGUACUUUUCAGUUGAAUUCCAGUAUUCCUGUAAAUAAAGCUGAAUGAGGAAAUAUUUACUACUUUAUUAACAUAGAUUGUGAAUGUACUUCAUGUUUUUUGCAGUAUAAAGACUUACUGAACUUGAAAGCUGCUUCAUUUUAUGUGCAAAAAGGUACUUCAAAAAUUCUAUUUUAAAUCUAUUGAUUGAGUGCAAUCAACUCUCGUCCCUUGGCACAUGCAGGUUGUCCCCUCCCCGUGCCCUGUGGGGCCCCGGCCCGUGCGUGUGGUGUUGAUGCAUUUUGCAGAUGCUUCUGUCCAUAGGGAGCCCAGGGACUGAACCGCCGCUGUGCAGUAUUAGCAGAGCCAUUUUCGGCUUUGGUGUACCCAAAUUUUUCAGUAUUUAAAAAAAAAAAAAGUGUUUUGAAUAACAUUAAAAAGUCUCUUUAUUGUAUAAAUAAUAAAAACGUCACCUUAUUGUAA